AUGGCAUCUCUAGACAUUAAGGAUGCAUACUAUCUGGUGCCAGUUGCUGAAUCAGACAGAAAAUUCUUGAGAUUUCAGUUUAAGAAUCGCUUGUAUGAAUUUACGUGCCUACCAUUCGGUCUAUGUACUGCACCGAUGGUUUUCACAAGGAUUCUUAAGCCAGUUGUGGCAUCUCUACGAGAGAAGGGAAUUACAGUUGUCAUCUAUUUGGAUGACAUCUGGAUAACUGCAUGUUCAAAAGCAAUUAUGGACGAGGACUAUCCUGGUGGCCGCAAUUUUGUCAGGAGAAGUUGUGAGUUAAAAGGUUUACCUAAGGAAUCUUACGAUAUAUUGCUUUCAUCUCUGACACUAUCAUCGUGGAAGCAAUAUGAUAUUGGUCUAAAGAAGUGGUGGACUUUUUGUUCAAGAUUGCGAGAAACUUUUCACUUUAAUCCACAAGUCAGUGAAGUAUUGCGCUUUUUGACGGAAGAAUUUCAUAAAGGAGCCGCAUAUGGAACUCUGAAUGCAUAUCGAUCGGCUCUUGCUCUCAUUGCUGGAUCAGGAUUAGCUCAAGAUGAUAAUAUUAAGAGAUUUUUUAAAGGAGUGGCAAACAUAAGACCAGGAAAGCCAAGAUAUAAUGUGACAUGGAAUCCACAGACUGUAUUAGACUAUUUUUGUAAAAGACCAGAUAAUCCUGACUUGUCUCUUAAGGAGCUCUCUCAAAAACUGAUCAUGUUAUUGGCAUUAACAACUGGUCAGCGAUUGCAAACAUUUUCUUUGAUGAAAAUUGAUCAAAUUACUGAAAAUGAUGAAAUGAUUGAUGUACGAAUUCCCAAUCGUGUCAAGACUUCUGGUCUGAACAAGUUUCAACCUAUUUUGCACUUGCCAUACUAUAAGGAAAACUUUAAAGUAUGUGUGGCGUCUGUACUUAAAGAAUAUUUGAGACGGACACAAAGUUGGAGCACAGACAUUAAGCCAGUGGAUUAAACAAGUCUGUUCAUGAGAAAUGAACAGGGUUUAUUUGUGUUAAUUUUGUAUCAAUAA